AUGCCUCCGCCGCGCUUCUACUCCCUCCUCCUCCUCCUCCUCACCCUCUUCAUCUCCGUCGCCUUCCUCCAGAUCUGUUCCGCCGCCGAUGAUGACAGUGACGUUAACGAUCUUGUUUUCGAGAACCCAAGGCUCCGACAAGCCUACAUUGCUCUCCAAGCAUGGAAAUCUGCCAUUUUUUCCGAUCCCUUUAACUUCACUGUCAACUGGACCGGCCCAAACGUCUGCUCCUAUGGCGGUGUCUACUGCGCUCCCUCUCCAGCAGAUCCCUCCAUACGUGUAGUCGCUGGAAUCGACCUCAACCAUGCUGAUAUCGCCGGUUACCUCCCAACGGAGCUCGGCCUCCUCACUGACUUGGCCCUCUUUCAUAUCAACUCCAACCGUUUUUGCGGUACUGUUCCCACGUCUUUCAAAAACCUCACAUUACUCCAUGAGCUUGAUUUAAGCAACAACCGCUUCGUCGGAGUUUUCCCGACGGUGGUCCUGUCCUUGCCGGCGUUGAAGUAUUUGGAUCUUCGGUUCAACGAGUUUGAAGGGUCUGUUCCUUCGAAGUUGUUUGAUAAGGAUCUUGAUGCGGCUUUUCUGAACGACAACCGGUUUCAGUUCGGUAUUCCGUCCAACUUGGGUAAUUCGCCGGUAUCGGUUCUUGUUUUGGCGAAUAACAAUCUGGGUGGUUGUAUUCCGGCGAGCAUCGGACAAAUGGGUGGAACUUUGAAUGAAAUUAUUCUUAUGAAUGAUAAUCUAACGGGCUGUUUGCCGGUGCAGAUUGGAUUGUUAAAGGAGGUGACGGUUUUUGACGUCAGCUUUAACAAUCUUCAAGGGCCGUUGCCGGCGGCGAUCGCCGGAAUGAGGAGCGUGGAACAGCUGGAUGUGGCGCAUAACCGGCUGACAGGGGUGGUGCCCGCUAGUAUUUGUAGGUUGCCCAGGUUGCAGAACUUUACAUACUCGUUCAAUUACUUCACAGGUGACGCGCCGUCGUGCUCUGCGGCCGGGGGUGGUGGCGGAAAGGCGUUUGAUGACUCAAAGAAUUGUAUUGCUGGAAAGGCGAAUCAGCGGUCUGCUAGGGAAUGUUCUUCUAGAGAUGCCCGUCCUGUUGAUUGUAGGAAGUUACAAUGCGGUGGUUCUUCGUCGCCGUCUGCUCCUACUCCGACUACCCCGACUACCCCAUCUGUUCCGACCACCCCUACUGCUCCUACGCCGACGACACCAUCUGUUCCGACUACCCCCACUGCUCCUACUCCGACGACACCAUCUGUUCCGACUACCCCCACUGCUCCUACNCCGACGACACCAUCUGUUCCGACUACCCCCACUGCUCCUACUCCGACGACACCAUCUGUUCCGACUACCCCCACUGCUCCUACCCCGACGUCGCCAUCUGUUCCGACUACCCCCACUGCUCCUACUCCGACGUCUCCAUCGGUUCCGACUACCCCCACUGCUCCUACUCCGACGUCGCCAUCAGUUCCAACUACGCCGUCUGCUCCAAGACCAUCUCCUCCACCGCCUACUUCCGAAUCUUCGCCAAGUGGAAAAUCACACCCUCCACCCCCACCACCAGUAGCCACCUCUCAUCCACCUCCUCUAGCACCACAGCCGCCGUCGAGCUCCCCCAUUAUGCCACCACCACCUACCGAGGGAAGUUCCCCACCACCUCACGGAAGCCAUGGAUCUCCGCCACACGGAAGCCAUGGGUCCCCGCCACACGGGAGCCACGGAUCGCCGCCACACGGCCACGGUUCCCCGCCACACGGUAGCCACGGAUCCCCUCCACACGGUAGCUACGGAUCCCCACCGCACAGUAGCCACCCAUUGCCACCACCCCCACCUCCAAGUUCUGACUCUUCACCUAAAACCCAUUUCGCACCACCACCACCAACUUACCAACCCUCUCCGCCUCCACCACCCCAACAUGGACAUUCUAUUUCUCCGGCUCCAUCACCGGAAGAAUAUUCUCCACCCCACGGCAGAACCCCAUCACCACCACAAACACAACCCCCACCAUCCCAUUCACUUCCUCCACCACCAUCAUCUGGAUGCGCUCUACCAACACCACCACCACCACCUCCACCACAACAAUGGCACCAUCCACCAUCACAAACUCAAUCUCCACCACCACCCACUAACCAUCAUCAUCCAUCGCCACCACCUCCUCCACAUCAAACUCAAUCUCCCCCUCCACCUCAUAAACAUACAUACCCAUCACCCCCACCACCACCCUCGUCCGAUGGCACCCCUCUUCCGCCAGUAAUCGGGGUUUCGUACGCCUCUCCACCACCACCGGUAAUUCCCUAUUAUUAAGCAAAUCCAUAUCCUUGUCUAUCUAUACAUACAGAGCAUCCGCUUUUAAUUUUCCUUGAAAUUAAGGAAAAAGAGCAUAAAGAAAUAUGGAUAAAAUCUGCAGCUUUUUGGGGAUUUGGGGGCUGAGAUUGAUGUGAUCUUCUUUUUGAGGAGAUUUGCGUAAUUUAUUUGUGUUUUUAAGUAUUUAAAUUCUAAUGAUAUGAUGAUCAUCAUGUAUAAUUUGAGUUUCCAAACUAGGAGGAAUUCGUAGCUUAUUAGAAUUCAUUAUUAUUUAUGUAUUUAGUAUGAAUGUAAUAAACUUGUUAUUCAAUUUGCGCCUUCAUCCAAAUCAAUUUUCCAACAAAAAGUCAUCCCAAUCUAAGAUGCUCAAUUUAU